UAACUAAAAAGCCAGAGCAACGACUUUUUGUUUGUUUUAAAAAAAAAAAAAAAAAAAUACUAAACGAAGUUUGAUCGAAGUCAAAACCACAAUCAAUGGCGGAAAACGAAUUCCAACCGCCGCGGCGGCCGCAGCCGACGUCCAGGCCUCCGGCGCCGACGAUCACGCUGCCGCCGAGAAGUGCCGUCGACAGCUUAUUCAUGGGCGUCGGCGCGGCGGCGGGGGUGAGCCCUGGGCCGAUGAGUUUGGUUUCGAGCUUCUUCGCCGAAAACGACGACCCUGAUAACGACUGCCGCUCGUUCUCUCAGCUUCUCGCCGGCGCCAUAUCUUCCCCUCCAUCUGCUGCCAACGUCAGGCAUAAUUUCGGUCAGCCGGCGGCGGAGAACAGAGGCGGAGAUGGUGGUAGUGGGGAGUUUAGGUUCCAGCAGAAUCGGCCGGCGGGGUUAAUGGUGUCGCAGCAGCACGGAAUGUUUACGAUUCCGGCCGGUCUCAGUCCUGCUAGCUUGCUCGAUUCGCCGGUGUUCUUCCCAUCUUCGCAGGGUGCAAUGGGAACAUCGCAUCAACAUUUUCUGGCUCAGUUAACUGCUCAAGCCCAGAUGAACAUCCAUUCUUCAUACCCGUCGUCUUCGUCAGCCUCUCUGCCACCUCAUUAUUCCAAUGCCACUCUGCAAAUAAAUUCCUUACCAGGCCGUAACAUCGUUAAGGAGUCGUCUGACAUUUCCAACUCCGAUCAGAAAUUGCAGUUAGCCGCCCCUAACUUGGUUGUCGACAAGCCGGCAGACGAUGGGUACAACUGGCGCAAGUACGGGCAGAAGCAGGUGAAGGGUAGCGAGUACCCUCGAAGCUACUACAAAUGCACUCAUCCCAAAUGCCCCGUCAAGAAGAAAGUCGAAAGGUCUCUCGAUGCUCAAAUAACCGAGAUCAUAUAUAAAGGCCAGCACAACCACCCUCCGCCAGCUAAGCGCACGAAAGAUUAUCCAGACGGGGGAAUUAAUCAUCACGGAAACUCCGAAUUGGAUAGCAGGACUACUAACGAAGGGAUCAAAGAUCAAGAAUCUAGUCAAUUUACUCACGAACGUGUAACUGGAUCGAGCGACAGUGACGAAGUGAACGGAAGUCACGAGGAUGAACCCGAAUCAAAACGAAGAAAUAUCGAGGUUCAAACUACAGAGCAAGCUUCGUCGCAUCGUACUGUCACAGAGCCGAGGAUCAUUGUACAGACGACGAGUGAAGUUGACCUUUUAGACGACGGUUACAGGUGGCGUAAGUACGGGCAGAAAGUUGUUAAAGGGAACCCUUAUCCAAGAAGCUACUACAAGUGCACUAGCCAAGGUUGCAACGUACGAAAGCACGUUGAAAGAGCUGCAACCGAUCCGAAAGCUGUAAUAACAACUUACGAAGGAAAGCACAACCACGACGUACCUGCUGCUAAAAACAGCAGCCACAGCACAGCCAAUAACGCUGCUGCUUCGUCUUCUUCUCAGUCGAGACCACAAAACGCGUCGUUCGAUAGACAAAUGGAGAAUCGAAGAAUUGAAUUUAGGAGCAACGAGAUGCAGCAUCCUGUGUCGCUUCUCCGAUUCAAGGAAGAACAUAUAACAUAGUGGUUUUUUUUCUCGCAAGGUGAGGUUGAUGGGAAUUAAUACUUUUAUUGACGAUUUGUUUUCUUGUUUGCUCGAGUGAUGAUUUUUUUGAUCUGGGACAAAAUGAAUAUAUAUUUAUACGAAGGGUAGGAUCUAGGGAAUACAUACAUACAUACACACGUACUGCCACAGUUAAAAAUACAUACAUAACCGUGAGACGAAUAGGACGACAGUUUGUAUAUUUCAUCAGUAGGGAAAUAGUGUUUUGUUUGUAUGCAUUCUUUCUGUAAAAAGAAAAAGAAAUUCUAAUUGUGUUGUGAAACAUUUCGUAUUUGAUGAAUAAAGAUGGAUUGAUCUUUGAAGUG